UUGCUAUGUGUGACGAAUGUUUUAUUUUGUAGGUUAGAAACGUUGUAUAAUGAGAUCGUAAAUUUGUUUAAACUUGACUUUGAACAAAAUUGACAACAAACCAGUUGUUGUCUGACCGCAGCAGUUAUGGCUAAGUACAUCGCACAGAUUAUUGUGCUGGGCGGCCAGGCAAUCGGCCGCGCCUUCGCCAAGGCCCUGAGACAAGAGAUUAACGCUUCGCAGGAGGCCGCCAAGCGAGCAGGCGGCGGCAGGCAAGGCGAUCAAAGCGCCGAAUCCAACAUGCGAACGGGGAUGACUCUGGAAGAGGCGAAGCAAAUCCUGAAUAUUGAGGAUCUGAAGAACAAGGAGACGAUUAUCAAGAACUACGAGCAUCUAUUCAAUGUGAAUGAACGUGCCAAGGGCGGUUCAUUUUAUCUGCAGUCGAAGGUGUUCCGUGCUAAGGAGCGGCUCGAUCACGAAUUGGAGGCGCAACAAAAACACAAAGAUGAGCCACCAGCGGAGGAGGCGCCCCAAAGUCGGGCGAGGCAGCGGCGCUGAGGAGACUACCGUUGAACGAAAAUAGCUUUAGAUUUUAAUCGAUUUAAAUAGAUGUUAAGUGGAAAUGCUGCGCUUUUUUGUCGUUUACUUAUAAAUAGAUAAAUCAACAUUCAA